AUGGCUUUCAGGAUGCUUAAGUCCAGUAACCACAGCAAACUACUACUGAGUACUCAACCAGAAACUGUUCGGAGAGGCUCCCAGUUAAGGAGGAAAAGACUGAGGGGCCUUCACCCCGGGACCCGCCUCCGAGGCAGCAGGGGUGGCCGCCCCCUCAGGAGAAAGAGGCUCCGAGGCGCGGGCCUGGGCCACCCACAUCCACCUCCAUCCCCGAGUCGGAGGCGGCGGGGGCUCGCCCGCGGUGGGUGCAGAGCAGCGGGGGAGCCAGCCGGUCAGUCCGCGGCGCCCACGGCUCCUCGGGGAGGAAAAGCGCCAAGGGGCGGGGCGGGCGGGGCGGCCCGGGAGAGGCCCCAAGCCUGCGCCUCCUCACGCAGCCUCGGACCGACGCGGCCGGCCAUCUCCCGGGCCUACGACCCCUCGUCCCGCGCCCCACUCCGGGAUCCGGGCCUGAGCGGGCGGUGGGCCACCUGGACUGACCUGUGGCCCUGCCCUGCCCUCGCCACCAGCGCCGGACGACGCGAGGCCCGACGCGGAAGUGAGAAACUUCUCCGCGACUCGUCCCGACCCCAGCGGCGCGGCGCCCCCGUGUGGCCCGGGCGUCGACGAACCGCGUCUCCACGGAGACAGCCCGAAGCUCCGCUCCCGACCCCUCAAACCACACCCUCCGCUGCACGCUCCGCCCCGGAAGCCAAGCCACGCCCUCACAACCCCCCACCCCGGACGCCAAGCCACGCUCCCAUAACAGGUUCCGGACGCCGAGCCACGCCCCCACACCCUGCUCCGGACGCCGAGCCAUGCCCUCCACAGCCCGCCCCGCCCCGGAAGCCAAGCCACGCCCUUACAACCCGCUCCAGACGCCGAGCCACGCCCUCCACAGUCCGCCCCGCCCGGAAGCCAAGCCACGCCUCCAUAACCCGCUCCGGACGCCAAGCCACGCCUUCCACAGCUCACCCCGCCCCGUCCGCCAAGCCACGCUCCCAUAACCCGUUCCAUACACCAUGCCUAUACCUCCACGGCCGCCCCGACCCCAGACGCCAAGCACGCCCUCCACGCACCACGCACCACGCCCCAGAGCCGGACACGCCACGCCCUCAAAAUGUUCCUACGUCAAGCCCUAGACCCGGAUUCUGCACUCUCCGGUCACCAAGCCACGCCUCCCCAACGGGCCCUCCCGUUCUUGACGCCAGGACACGCCCCCGGACGCCCCGCAUAGCAGGAAUUCCUUUACUUAAAGAAAAUCGAGAGGAUUAUUGUAGUGGUGAAAUAUGGGCGCGAGUUGUCGCCGCCGUCGGCGUUGAGCUAGCUGGCCGUGCUGGGACUCGCCUUGCCUUGCGCCUCGUCCCUUUCCACACCCGACCUCCCGACUCGGCGCCCUCCCGGGGCCUUGCGCUCCACCCCCAGCCCCCUCUGCCUCCGCCUUUGCAGUCGCAGCGCCCUAGCCGGGACUGGGACUCUAGUGGUGGCGUGCAGUGGGGUGGAGGGGAUGGGGUGCCAGUUUGGGGGUCCACUUCUCUGCCUCUGGUCGCUUGGAAUUUGGAGCUCGUUGCUUGGGGGCGAAACGUCUGGAGGAAUUUUCUCUUCUGCGGACCGUUCGACUGCUGUCAACUUGAACUCGGUCGCGACCUCUGCGAGCCUCCAGGAUUCUCUGCCACGUUUGAUGGGGUCGCUUACUCGAGCUCCUUCUUUGUUUUGAGGGGAGAACUUGAACUGGAUCUUGAAGUUCACCCUUCCAGUGCUCAAGUGAUAAAAUACCUAAUGAUGGAAGCUGGCUCACUUUUUACCCCAGAAACAAAGAGACGAUAUGUGAGAGACAAAAGAAUGUCAACAACUGCUAAGUUGAAUAUUUCUCUUGCUUCGAAGAUCAAAACAAAAAUAAUAAACAAUUCUUCUAUUUUCAAGAUUUCUUUAAAGCACAACAACAGAGCAUUAGCUCACGCUCUUAGUAAAGAAAAAGAGAAUUCUCGAAGACUUAGAACUGAUAACACGUUAUUGCAAAAAGAAGUGGAAAAAUUGAAUUUUGAGAAUACGUUUCUCCGCCUAAAGCUAAAUAAUUUGAAUAAGAAGCUUAUAGAUAUAGAAGCCCUUAUGAACAAUAACUUGAUAACAGCCAUUGAAAUGAGCACAAUUUCGGAGUUCCAUCAGAGUCCUUUUCUUCUGCCUGCUAGCAAAAAGAAACGAACUAGUAAACAGUGCAAGUUGACACAUCCAUUUGCAAGGGUUCCUUUAACUUCAAAUGAUGAUGAUGAUGAUGAUGUUGAUGAUGAUGAUAAUGAUGAUAAAAAUAAAAUGCAACAGGAAAGCAGUCUUAUUUCAAAACUAUCAUCUGAUGCUUCAUCUUCAGUAUCACCCAAACAAAUUUUGUCAGCACAGCAUAAUUCAGAAUUGUUAUUUCCUAAAAAGUGUAAUCAGAAUAUGGAUGGUUUAGAUGACUCAGAACAUAUUUCUGCUAUUGUUGAUAAAGAAAUCAACAUUCACUUAGACCAGAGUCCCAAGAGUUCUCUUAUAGAUGAGUUGAAAAAUACAAAGUCGAUUGGCCACGAAAAGAAAAAGACAUCUGUUAGCAAUAUAACUACAAGGAAAAAACGUUUAUCCUCUUUGGAAUCAAAUAAUCCUCUGACACACACACCCUAUGUGGAAGAUUUAGAUGAACAACAGAGUUCAAACCUAGAAGUAAAAUGUAAUAAUGAGAUAAACGAUGAUGCCAGUGAAGUUACUGAUAAAAAGCCAAGAAAUAGACAAUGUCUUCUUGAUUCCUCUUCCCAGCCUACAAGUGAACCUGCUACAGAAUCUGUGAGUCAGCUUCAGGUUUCUGAUGACUUUCUGUUGCAGAAAACUGUGUAUGAUGCUGACAUGGAUUUAACUGCCAGCGAAGUAAGUAAAAUUAUUGCAGUUUCUACAGGCACUAAAAAUGCAAGUAAGAACAAACUAAAUGAUUGUAAAAGUAAAAUGUUCAGAAAAGUGAAAUAUUCAAGCCCUGGAAAAAAAAGAGAAAGGUUAAAAAGUAAAUUGAAAAGUGCUGAUGAGAAAAAUGAAAGUGGACUGGAAAAGAAAACAAUUGUUCUGGAUGGCAAAGGGAAUACAGAGGAGACAGGUUUUGUUUCCAUUACUGAACAGCCAGCACAGUUGAGCAUACUGAAGAAAAUACCCCUUCCUAAUGAUUUUGAUCCAGAUGAUAGAGAAAGUACACAGGAUAAUGAAAAGAAGAAAAGAAUACACAUAACAAAUGAGCAAGAAAAAACAUGCUCACUCGUCCAAAAUUCAGACCAAUUCCAACUGGAAAAUAAGGAUGAUAGGAUUAAGAGUUCUGUAGCUUGCAAUAAAAGCAAAGCUUCUAGAAAGACUUUUGUACUCUAUAAGUUUGAAAAGGGUAACCAGUUUCCAAACCAAAAGGAUAAAGAAAUCAUCUCUGAGAAUCUGGAAAUUACAACUGAAUUUCAAACAGUUGAUCUUAGCACCAAAGGCAAUAGAAGUUUAUGUGAUUAUGAGACCCAAAAUGUAUUGAAUUUGAAAAAUCAUACUAAUGAUAACCAGUCUACUCAGCAAAAUGAGUUAACAGUUAAUAAGAAGUUUAGGCACAAAAGAAAUAGGAAGACAGAAAUAAUUUCUGAAAUGUUCCCAAUACAUGUGGAUGAUACUCAAGUUGUUCAUGGUUCAGAAAAAGCUUUCCUCCAAAUGCAAGAGAAUAAAGAAAGCACCUCUGUCAAUUUAGAAGUUCAUUCAACAAGUAAGUGUCAAAGUGCUCUUGUUUCCAUUAGCAAAAAUGGAAAAUGGUGUGACCAUGAAGCCCAGAAUGUGUUAGGUUUGCAAAAGCAGAUCACUGAUAUGUGCCUUGUUCAGCAAAAUAAAUUAAAAGUUAAUAAGUCAAAGCAGAAAAUAAAUCGGAAAACAGAAAUUAUUUCUGAAAUGAUUCAUCAAGAUGGUGACAAAAAUCUAUGUUGCCCAGAAAAGGAUAGUAAUCUUUUGUUGGCAAAGGAUGGAGAAAUCAUUCCUGAAAACCUAAAAGAUCCACUUGAGCUUCAAAUAUCUGUUCUUUCUACCACAAAAAAUAGAAACCACUGUAAAAGCCAAAAUGUUUGGGGAAUUAAAAAACAAAUUCAGGAUCUACAACCUGCAUGUCAAAACAGCUCAAAAAUAGAUGAGAAGCUUAAACAAAACUUGUAUCAAAAGGCAGAAAUUUCAGAAAUCAGUCAAAUAAAUGAGAAUGACAAAAACAUGUAUAAUUCAGAAAAUGCUAACUUAUUUCCUCUAGUUCAGAAAGAUAAAGACAUCAUCCCUAAAAUUCCGGAAGACUUAAAUAAGUUUGAAAAUGAUGCUGCUUUUACCAGUAGGAAUGAGAAUCUCCCUGACUUUGCUGUAAAAAAACACGUAACUGAUAAGACAUCUUCAAAACAAACUAAGCGAAAAACAAAUAAGAAACAAAGUCAGAAAGUAAGUUUGAAAAAAAUUACUUUUGAAAUGAGCCAGGAACAUAACAAUAAUAGUCAAGAUGCACAGAGCCAAGAAAGCUAUACCAAUAAUAUUGAUCUUAAAGUAAAUAAAUCCAAACAAAGACUUGAAUGCCAAGAUGUUAUUAGUGGCUAUGAUAUGGAAAUAAAUAGUAAUGAAAAGGAAAAGUAUCUGAUUUCAAAUUAUUGCAAACAAGAUGAAAGUAAUGGGAAAGAAUCACUAGGAAAAUCCCCAAUCAUUUUGGCAGAUGACAGAAACAAACCCGUUUUGCAGUUAGAAGACUCUUCACAAGCAUUUGCCUCCUUCAAAUCAGGUUUAAGACCUUGUUCUAAAGAAGCAGAUCCUGGUCCUGGAAACCAAACGAAACCACGUAAGAAUCGAAAACGAAGCACUAUGAUUCUGAAUAAAAUCAAUAGUCCCUUUGUGGAAAUGAUAAAUGAAGGAGAGUGUCAAGUACCAAAGCAAAGAAAAACAUCCAAAUCAAGGAAAAGAAAGACCUUAAUAGAUUCUUCUUCUCAGAGCUAUGAAGAGAUGGAGAUGAUAUCUGACACCAUUCAGGGGAUAUCAGUUGACUCCAAUAAGGAAAAAUCCUUGGAAAAUAAGGAAAUUGUCGAAAGAAAGGCAGACUUUUUCACAAAGAUGUUUAAAUCUUUAUCUCAGAUAUAUUCACCUAACAUACAAGAGACUUCUUUUAACAGUGUUCAUGAAGAUUCCAUACCUUUGAGUAUUUCUUCUAGUAAAAAUUUGAUACUAAAGGAAAAUUUGGCCAUGCAGAGCCCAUCAAUUUUUCAAGCAAUUAAUGAGAAGAUGAUACCGACAAAUUUCAAAAUCAACCAGAGAACAAAAAAAUCAGAAGUAGAUGAUAGAACACUACAGGACUUGACAAAUAUAAAUUUUGUUUCAAAUAACUCUGAAAAGCUUGAAAAUAAAUCAGAUCUAUCAUCAGAAAUGCCAAGCCGAAAAAGAAGGUGUGUGCCUCUCAAUUUAAAAGAGCCAAGUCUCAGAAACAAAAUGAGAAGAUGAAGUGAAUUUUGGAUUCUGGUUUUUCUGAAUUUUCUGAAGUCAAACAGGAACAUAAUUAGGUUCAAUAAGAUGAUAUGGGAAAUAAAGAAUGUGAUUUUCUAAUUUUCUUGGAGUAUUUACUUUUACAUUCUUGUUUUUAGAGAACUGUAUAAACAUACCUAUUUUAUAUUAGUAAACUUAAAACUUAAAAUCAUUUGGUUAUCCUUUGUCUUAUCUUUCUGUUUAUCUUAACAGC